CGCGCACUAAGGCCUCUUCAGAGUCGCUCGGAAUCUCCUGAACCCCACGAAGAGUCAUCUUAGAACAGAGGAUGUCGCUCUACAACUUCACGUACGUCCUCAUCGGCGACUCAGGUGUCGGCAAGACAUGCCUGCUGGUGCAGUUCCUCCACAAGGAGUUCCACCCCGUCCUUGAGCUCAACCUCGACACCGAGCGCGGAGACAGGAUGAUCACCAUCGACAACAAGCCCGUCAAGCUUCUGAUUUGGGACACGCCAGGCAGAGACGCAUUCAGAUCGCUGACUACACCACUCUACUACAUGGCUGUCGGUGCUCUUUUGGUUUAUGACAUCACCAGGAGGGAGACUUCUAACCAUCUCGUGAACUGGCUGCAAGAUGCAAGGCAAUAUUCGCACCCUGGCAUGACAAUAAUGCUGAUUGGGAACAAAUGUGAUCUAUCUCACAGCCGUGCCGUGAGCUAUGAGGAGGGCAAGCGGUUUGCAGAGGACCAUGGUCUGCUAUUCAUGGAGGCAUCUGCCAAAACUGCACAGAAUGUUGUGGAGGGUUUCCUUCAGACUGCUGGAGCAAUAUACCAGAAAACUUAGGAUCCUCUCUUCGAUCCAUAUAAUUAGGUGAAAUUUUAGCCAAAGAGGCCCAAGUGCUGGGCUUCAGUUAAUGUUUCCCUACCCAGGCCCUUUUCUUUCAGCUUGUUUGCCUGUUGAACCUUGUUACAUAAAAACAGUUAUCUUGGUGCUUUCAUUA